GUCUCGUCCGUGUCUCCCCAGCAUCAGACGCACAUGUUGGGUGUGUUGUGCUCUGCUGAGGAUUGCAGCGAUAUUACAGCAUAUAGCUAAACGCCUGUGGACUGUCACGUUGUCGUGUGCUCUUUGCACAUCAGUCACAAUGCGAUAAGCCUCAUAGAGAGAGGAAAAAGUAACAAAAAUCAAAGUUACUGUGAGAAACGCUUUGAGGACAGAGGCUGUCAGGCUAGCCGGCGUGACUGCAGGCGAGACCACUAGGCUUCCCCGGACUGAAGGCUUUGAGGUUUGCUGCCGUGCGACACCAUGAGCUCCAGGGUGUGUAAGAACUGCGGCAGCUCGGACAUCGAUGUGGACCAGGCGAGAGGCGAUGCCGUCUGUAUGGGCUGCGGCUCCGUGCUGGAGGACAACAUCAUCGUGUCCGAGGUGGAGUUCGUGGAGACGGGAGGCGGAGGAUCGUCGGCUGUCGGACAGUUUGUGUCCUCAGAAGGUGGAUGUCCGAACCCGUCUUUUGGAGACGGACACUUAACAAGUGUGGGAAGAGAGUCCAGAGCUCAGACACUGCAGAGAGACAUGCUGCUGGAUCUCAGCGACCUCCUGCAGGUGAACGUUUACGUCCUGGGAAGAACUUUCCUCGUGCUGGCCAGAGAACUAUGCAUCAACGCCCCGGCCUUAGACCCGUGCCUUUACAUCCCCCGUUUCGCCCAGCUGCUGGAGUUUGGGGAGAAGAACCACGACGUCUCCAUGACGGCAAUGAGGCUGGUGCAGAGGAUGAAGAGGGACUGGAUGCACACGGGACGAAGGCCGUCGGGACUGUGUGGAGCAGCUCUUCUGGUUUCUGCUCGCAUGCACGAAUUUCGCCGCACCAUCAAAGAAAUCGUCAGUGUUGUGAAAGUGUGUGAAACCACGCUACGAAAAAGGCUGAAUGAGUUUGAGGACACGCCCACCAGUCAGCUGACCAUCGAGGAGUUUAUGAAGGUAGACCUGGACCAAGAGUGUGACCCUCCAUGCUUUACAGCGGGACUGAUGAAGAACAAAGUGCAAAAGCUGGAGAUCGAACUGAGGAAAAAGAUGGAUGAUGUUGAAGAUGAAAUUCAAACCUACCAGGAUGAAAUCGAUGCAGAGCUGGAGAGCAGUAGACCCAAACUGAGAGGAGUUUACGCCGCCUACAUAAAAGAAGAAACAGAACAGAAAGAUUGUGAAAAUGACAAUGAAGACGUCCUCUCCCCAUCUUCUAAAAUAGAAGAUGUUGAGGAACCAGAAGAGGAGGAUGAGAUUCAGGCUGUUGCAAAGCACUUUGGUAAAGAGCUGGAUGAAAUCACACUCGAGGCUCUGAUAAAACUAGAGCAAAUACGACCUGAGGACCUAGAGGGGAGCCAGGAGCUGGAGGAUGUCCCAAAGCGAGUGGGCCCGUCGCUGGCGUCCAUUCUUGGCAGGAUGCCGACAGCAGCCACGCUCGGCCUCAACGAGUCCAUCACCAACUGCAUCAGUAACGAGAAGGAGAACGAUGGUGCGGCUGACAGCGGGGAGCUGGACCUGAGCGGGAUCGAUGACAGUGAAAUAGAGCUGUAUCUGUUGAGCGACACAGAAAUCAAAAUCAAGACGGCGCUGUGGAUGGCAGAAAACUCCGACUACCUCAAAGAGCAGAAAGAAAAGGAAGCAAAGAUAGCAAAGGAGAAGGAGCUCGGGAUCUACAAAGAGAAGAAGCCCAGAGCACCCAAUCGAAGACGUCCCCCCAUCCGAGCCAACACAGCCGACGAGGCCAUCGAGAAGAUGCUGGAACAGAAGAGGAUCUCCACCAAGAUCAACUACGACGUCCUCAAGGACCUCAACAUCAAGCCGGCUGCCAGUCCGGCUCGCCCGGUCGAAUCUCCAAAGAAGGAGCCGGCGACCCCCAAACUGACCCCGCGUAACCGCAAACCUGUGCGAUCUUCACUCAGCCUCAGCAUGCCGCUCAGCACCCUGGGAAAAAGGUUGCAGCCAUUCAUCAAUGGACAGCCCAACAAGAAGCUGGCUGUGGAGCAGCAGGUCCCUAACUCCAACCCCCUACCCUUGCCUGUGGGAGCCCCCGCCAUUAGUGUGGUGGUGGAGAGCGGACCGGUUGUGUACGAUGAUGCGGCUGCUGACGAGGAAGAGGAGGAGGACGAGGAGGAGCCUUGUGUCAGCGCCAUGGACAUGUUGGGCGACAACGAGUACGGCUGUGAUGGAGACUACGACGAGGGAUUCUAGCAAAGGUCUUCUUUGGGGUUUCAUCCCCAAACUACGGACCAUUAUGAAUCCAAAUAUAUCAAACGUUUACUUCCAGGGAAACCAAAAAGCUGCUGCUACAGAUCGGAGCUGUGAUGCUUCCAUCAGAAACAAAAGGGACGUAUGUGGGGAAAAAAACAAAACGUUGGACUUGUCGUGAUGCUUGAACCAUGUGGUCUACGAUGGGGGGGAUGUGCUGCUUGAAUACCGACAGAGGAGCAGAAGUGGAAAUCCGGGGUACAGGUAUAUUUUACAGUGUUGUUCUCAGGCGGCUUGUAGUGAUGAGACUGCAAAAGCAAAGGUAGAAGGUUCUGCAGGAAGCAUUAGUUUGUUGACGUGCAGGAUAGAAGCUGUGUAGGUUAAAACAGGGCUUAAAAUGUAGACAGCUAGCUCCAUAUGACUGUGGUUCAGUAAGGACCUUCUGCACAGUGAACUUUAGUCAUUCAAAUGCUGCUCUGAUAACUUACAGCUCAGUACAGGACAAAGAAAGCUCAAUUAAGAUCAGUGUUCAUGCAUCUCCAGUCCUGCAACAAACCAAACCUUCGUCAGCUGUGAAGCGUUCUUCAGGGGCCGAAUGCUGGAGGAAUUUGUUCCAGUUAACAUCCAUCCUCUGUGGAUCAAACUUUCCCCCGUGGUAUCGUCGAGGUUCCAUGAAUAUGUAGUGUAGCAAAAAGAAAAGUUGAACUAAAUGCUAAACAUAUUAACCUUGAAUUUGCACUUUGCAUACUAAACACUUGAGUGCUGAAUGGUACGCUAAUUCCUCGAGUGCUUCCUUAAAACGACGUCAGUCUUAACACUAGUGAAGGUGACAUGUACUUAAAAACAAGUGUCUAAUGAUCAGGUAGCGUGAGAUCAAUCAGUUGUCUGUAUUAGCAGUUAUAUUCUUCUCAUGUCUGCUUCAGGUGAGGUUGAUCUCCAGUAUUUAUAAAUGCCUCAGGUGAUCAGUGGGCCGACACUCUGUGUGCUGAAGCCAAAGUGUUACUUUAAGGUUGCCUUUAAACAAUGUGUGCCAAUGUCUGCUGAGGUGAAUCUGAGAAUGUUGAGGUUUUAAUUCCAGAUCAAGUCCGCAUAAAGACGACCAUGGAUUGAUGAGUUCUUAUAUUUUGCUUUUAAUUUGGUUUUGGGGUUGUCAUGUUUCUCUUUUGAUGGAGUUGAUUCUCUGUGAUUAAUUUAGAAGAUUGUGUUGUUUGCUUUACGUGAAAUAUUCUGCAUAAUGUGCUGUGAUAUCUUUACAUUACCAUUUCAGUACAUGAGACAGAGCCCCAGAGGAGUACAGAUUUCAUUUGUAUUUAAACUUUUAUGAUUUGUGUGUUUGAAAAAUGUUCCGAAUGUUUGGGAGGAGCGAUAGAUCGGUGCCUUUCAGUGUCCACACAAUAAUAUUUAAUGAGGCGUCACGGUAAAUCUCACUGCCUCUGAGUUGCUGCUAUGAAUCCAAAUGUUACAUCUGCAUUUAGUUGUGUGUAUCCACUGCUACAGUAAAGAUUUCACUACAUGAGAA